ACUGAGCUUAGGACUUACACCUGUGCACCCUGCUGUUUUCAAGCUUUUCUCUAAAAACUACCGAAGACUGGCUAUUGCCCAUUUGUUUCUAUUGCAAUUCAAGCACCACAAAUAUGCCAUUAUCACGUUCCUUGUCCAUGACAUCCCUGAGUGGGCUGUUGCCAGCCUGGGAGGACGAUGAGCUGCCCGUGGAAGACCUGCUGCUUUUCGAAGUGGCCUGGGAGGUCACCAACAAAGUUGGAGGAAUUUACACUGUCAUCCAGUCCAAGGCUAAGGUCACGGUGGACGAAUGGGGGGAGAACUAUUACCUGAUGGGACCGUACUUUGAACACAACUUCAAGACACAAGUAGAAGGUUGUGCACCACCCAACUCUGUGGUCCAGAAGGCCAUGGAUGCUCUUACCAACAAUGGAUGUCAGGUUCAUUUUGGCCGCUGGCUAAUUGAGGGCAGCCCUUAUGUAAUCCUUUUUGACAUCAGCUCAGCAGCAUGGAACCUGGACAGAUGGAAGGGGGACUUGUGGGAUACCUGCCAAAUUGGACUGCCAUAUCAUGACCGGGAGGCCAAUGACUCACUCAUACUGGGCUCCUUGAUCGCCUGGUUCUUCAAAGAGCUAACAGACCACCUUGGAGACAAACCCAAUGUCAUUAGUCACUUCCAUGAGUGGCAGGCGGGGCCUGGGCUUAUUCUCUCUCGCUCCCGCAACAUUCCUAUGGCAACAGUUUUCACUACCCAUGCCACCCUGCUUGGUCGAUAUCUUUGUGCUGGGAAUGUUGACUUUUACAACAACUUGGACAAGUUCAAUAUUGACAAGGAGGCAGGAGAGAGACAGAUCUACCAUCGAUACUGCCUGGAGCGAGCAGCGGUGCACUGUACUCACGUCUUCACCACAGUAUCCCAGAUCACAGCUGUGGAGGCCAACCACAUGCUGCACCGGAAGCCAGAUGUGGUGACCCCAAACGGGCUGAAUGUGAAAAAGUUUUCAGCCAUGCAUGAGUUUCAGAACCUGCACUCCACCAACAAGACCCGCAUCCAGGAGUUUGUCAGAGGACACUUCUAUGGGCAUCUUGACUUCAGCUUGGACAAAACCCUGUUCUUUUUUAUUGCUGGAAGAUAUGAAUUCUCCAACAAGGGAGCUGAUAUUUUUCUUGAAUCACUAUCUAGACUCAACUACUUGCUGCGGGUCCACAGAAAUGACAUGACGGUGGUAGUUUUUUUCAUCAUGCCAGCUAAAACCAACAACUUUAAUGUAGAGUCACUGAAGGGGCAGGCUGUGCGAAAACAGUUAUGGGACACAGCUCACGCUGUGAAGGAAAAGUUCGGUAAAAAGCUUUAUGAAUCUUUGUUGACAGGCCAGAUCCCAGACAUGAACACCAUUCUGGACAGAGACGACUUGACGAUUAUGAAGAGAGCUAUAUAUGCUACACAGAGACACAGUCUUCCUCCAGUGACAACUCACAAUAUGCUGGACGACUCUGCAGAUCCAAUCCUGUUCAAUGUCAGACGCAUCGGCCUCUUCAACGCCAGAAAUGAUCGUGUCAAGAUAAUCUUUCACCCUGAGUUCCUGUCCUCCACCAGCCCUCUGCUGCCAAUGGACUAUGAGGACUUUGUCCGUGGCUGUAAUCUUGGAGUUUUUCCUUCCUAUUAUGAGCCAUGGGGAUACACGCCAGGCGAGUGUACUGUGAUGGGCAUACCCAGUGUCACCACCAAUCUGUCAGGAUUUGGUUGUUUUAUGGAGGAGCAUGUCUCAGACCCUGCUGCCUACGGUAUCUAUAUUGUGGACCGUCGGUUCAAAUCCGCUGAGGAGUCCUGCAACCAGCUCACCCAGUUCAUGUUCAGUUUCUGUCAGCAGUCUCGACGUCAGCGCAUCAUCCAGAGGAACCGAACUGAGAGGCUGUCGGACCUGCUUGACUGGAGAUAUUUAGGACAGUUCUACACACAAGCCCGUCAUCUGGCCCUUAGCAGAAGUUUCCCAGACAAGUUCAAGAUGGAUCCUAAAGGCCCACGAAAGGCAGAGGGUUUCCGAUAUCCCCGGCCGUCUUCAGUGCCUCCUUCUCCCUCUCCCUCCCUCCACUCCACCCCACACCACAGCGAUGUAGAGGAUGAUGAUGAUGAUGAACCAUACAAUGAAGAAGAUGAGGCAGAGAGGGACCGGUUGAACAUCAAGGCUCCUUUUGUGUUGGGAGCAGUGCCAGAAGGCAAGAAGAAGCAGCCAGGAGAGUCAGGGAAUUAAAAUUCCCCUGUAAUUUCAGUUCAGCUUUAGUGCUACUUCUCUGACCGCCUGACUAAUGCAUUCAUUCAAUUUGUAAAUCAGAUACAAAUUUCAACUCCUAUCGCAGCCGUUAAGAGUGAAUGGUUUUAUUCUUCUUGCCUAUUUUUACACAACUUAACUCCCUUUGUGCCAGUCAGGAUGCAAGGACAAAUGCAAUCUUGCUGUUGUUCAAACUGAUUAUUCAAAAAAUGAUUGGAUAAUCUCUCUAAAUUUCGGUCCUUCCCUAAAUAUACUCACACAAUGUAUUUUGAUUUGUUUUAGCCAGACCAAUCCUUGUUCCUCAGUUAAUUUUAAUCUUCUUUUCAUUUCUUGACCAGCUGAUGUUUUUCUUAAUAAAUCCACGUUAGAUUUAAAUUGUUACAUUUCUUCGAUUCACAAAAUGGAUUCAUUAAGAUAGAUUCCACUUAGUUUACUAGAACAAACAUAAAUAAGCUACCCACAGAAAAAAUAAUUGUAAAUACUUUCCUUGACGAUAUUCCCCAUUGAAAACUUGGAUCACAUUUAUGAAUUACAUAGUAUACAUUUCGGUUCCUGAGGACUGACAUAGGUGGAAUUAUCUACAAAUAUUACAGUUCAGUUUGAAUGUUGGCCAAACCACUAAUGUUUUGUACCAAUAUUGUUCAUUUUUGAAUUAUGGUUGCUGACACUUUGGUGUUUUAAUUUGUUACAGAAUAUGAACAUAAUGACAAUGGCAUUGUAUUAUAGUAAAAAUAUAAUAUUUAGAAUAUUUUGAAAGUGGUGUUGUAUAUCAUAAAAAGAAAAAUUGUUUACCUUUACAAAUACAAAGUGUCUGACAUUG